AUGGCCCGCGAUAACCUCGACUCUUUCUUCGGCGCGCAUGGCAGGACCGAUGCUUCCCGUAGCAAUAGCAGCAGCCGCAGCCGCACUGAAGGGACCAGCUCUUCCUACCGCAGCAGCUCGCACCAGGAUUCUCGCUCUGGAGCCUCCCGCGGCGGCGGCUCGCACCAGACUUCUCAGGCCGGUACGUCGGCGAAUGGCUACCGCGUGCGCAUCGCGACACCCGAUGAGAAUCUCGCUCGCGACCUUCGCGACAUGUCUGAUGCUGAUUUGGACCGUGAGAUGCAGCGCCUGCGUGGUGGUUCUUCGUCCUCGCGUUCUCAGGCUUCGGGAUACCAUGGUGGUAGUCGUUCGUCGGAGAUGACGGCGCGUUAUGAGGGUAGCUCUCGCGAUGAUGGCAGUUCUCGUAGCUUUAGUGGCUUGGCUGAUGAGUGGGAGCGUCAGCGACAGGGCGGUGGCUCGUAA